GACGUCAUUGUGCGCAAAAUUGGGAGCGCACCACUGAGUGAACCGCCUGAAAUGUCUACAGAAGUUUGUUGAAGUAAAAUGCCGUGGGUGUAAAUUACCAUGACGUUAAACGACAAGCAUCGUCAGGUUCGUGUUUGGUUGGAAAAGCUUUAUGCUGGUGAUCCUAUUCCGCAGUAUGAGAUUAGCCAGAGACCUGUAGAAAUUCUCUAUGAGCUCAUGCUGAAGAAUGAACAGAAUGAUAGAUGUGCACAGCUCCUGAUAGAAGAUGACAGACAAAAAGCUGAAGAGUACAAUUUGGAAGCUGUCAGGCUUGCUGGAAUACUGCAAGAGAUUGGACUGACCACAAGCAGCUUGUCUAAGUCUGGCCUUGUCAGCCUUCGCACACUUACCAGUGUGGCACAGUUAUUAGAAAUCAAAGAUGCUUGUGAUACAAGUUUUCUGUUGGGCAUCAGCGAAAUUUCCCAAGCUCAGAUGAAGAUAUCAGAAGCAAGAAAUGCUGAACAGAAGCAAACAGGACAACUGAUUUCCCAAACCAACUCGGCUCUUCACAAAACGGCUGCACUGAAAAAGACAAUACAUAAUUUGAAGGAACAAGCAAAAUACCAAGGGCCUGACCUAGAGAAAAAGGCUAAGCAAGCUGGUUUCUUGCAGAGCAAAGCUCGUGAAUAUAAAGGACAUAUACAGAAAUAUCAGACCACACUAUCUCAGAGUGGUAUGGAACCACAUCUAUAUCAUCAAGCACUGGGAAAGAAGGCUGAGGAAUUGCAACAGCUGAAAGCCAAACUUGGGCCAUUACGAUUAAAGCUGGAUGGAUAUCAUAGACUUCCUCCCAACAUUUCUAUGGCUAAAGUAAAAAUUGAAGAAGUGAAAAGAGACCUGGCUGUAUUAGAAGCAGAGCUGGCAAAGCGCAUUGAUUCAAUGCACAUGCUGUAGUACAUGAACAAAUCCAGAGUUAUGCAACCAGCAAAGCCAAAGUCAAACAAAACUGCAUAAGAGCCUUUAGACUGAGAUGUUAUUUAAAAGGUACAAUUGGUGAACUGUUUCUGUCAAGAUAAAACUUUUUUUGAUUGUUUGAUUAGCAGCAUGAAGAUGUCAUGGUAAGAAAUACUUUAACUACAUGUUACAAUGUGAAGAAAUGGGGAAUUUCAUAAUGAGGAGCACAAGUUUAUAAUGGCAAGAUAUGGCUAUGAAUUUAAUUUGAGCGAAAAGAAAUUUUAAAAAGAACUCAAAAAUUCUGUUAGAUUUUAAAAAGUUAGAUUUUGAAUGAAUUGAGUUGUUGUUGAAAAUAAAGGAAUGGAACUCCAGAAUCUUUUGAAACCGAGCAAUUUAAACCCAUAAACUGCUUUUUUUUUUUGUUUGUUUUUGUAACCAUCUAUGAACCAUAUAGCAUUGUGCUACUGGGUAAGCUGUACUGGUUGUUCUAUUGACUGUUCUAUUUGUGAAAUCAAAGAACUGCUGCAUCUGUUUACAUAACUUAUCACCAGUAUUAAUUUUGAUACAUUAUUUGUGUCAGUAAACUCAUUUCGAAUACAGCAAGGAGAACUGUCAGAAGAUUAUGUCCAGCACAUCCUAGCAUUUUCGCCAAUAACUUCAAAAUGUUAAGAAGUGAUAUUUCAUUUAUUUGUAAUUUAUCUCCAACUCGAUUUAACAGUUGACAUAAAUAAGUUUUAGCCAACGGGCUAAAAAGGAAAAUGCAUUGAAAUGAAAUUAGUUAUGAAUUGUUUGCUUGGCACAAAUGAAAGGCAUUUGGAAUUCCAUUGUUGUGUUAUGAAAAGACCAUGACAUAAUAGCAUUGCUGUCAUUCAAAUUCCAUUGGAUAGAUGGCAGCAUAUACACUACUUCUGGCAUGAGUGUCAAUAGAGGAAAUAAUCAGUCAAUAUCUCGUGUUGAGCCGUGGUCUAGUGGGGUUAUCCACUGAGCCUAAAGCAUUGGACUACCCUAUCCCAAA